AUGUCAAAUAAUAUAAAACAUAAUUUUAAAGAUAAUAAUGACAUAGUAAAUAAUUUAAAUAACAAACUUGCAAAUCUAUCGAAUUCGAACAACACAUUUGUGAAUCUAUCACAUCUGUUGUUAAAAAAGAUCGUUGGUUACUUAGAUGAUAUGUUUCAACAGAUGUUAUUUACGAUGGUGUGUAAAAAGUGGUAUGAAGAGAGAUAUAAAUAUCUAGUACUUAAAGUUGGAUUAUCAAAUGAAAGAGAUGAUCUCGUGCAUUUAAAGUCUUUUUCAACAUGUGUCACCACAGAAUCACAUAGAUUUCAAUUGGUUGUCAUUAGUGAAGAUGAUUUCGGGUACUAUCAUGAUGAAUACCACCUCUAUUAUAAAACAGCAACAGAUCCAUCAACCAUUCUAAAACCAAAUACUUAUUCUCUAAUGUUAAACAGAUAUGUCGAUAUCGAUAUCUCACUAUUUAAAGAUGUUUUGGAAAACUGCGCGAAUUGUAGAUCCAUUUCAUUGGCGAAAUACCAAAAGCCGCUAAAUAGUAACAGUUUUCCAAAGAAUUUGGAGAAGCUUGAAUUGAUUGGAUAUUUACUUCCAUUGGAGAACGGAUCACUUCCGAAUGGAUUGAAGAUCUUAAAGUUUAAGUAUAGCUAUUAUCUACCGAUGAGUGCCAGUGUCUUUCCAACGACUCUUACCGAGCUUAUAUUUGCCGAUGGAUAUCAAUUCGAAUUGGCAGUUGGUGGUGGUGAUUCUAAAGUGUUACCGCAAUCCCUCACCAAAAUUAAACACUGUCCGGUCAGUUGGAUCAAAUAUCUCAAGUAUCUGCCAAACCUAAGGUAUCUCAGUUUCGAUGGUUAUUGUCGAGAUGGUGUCUUGGAGCCUGGAUCACUACCAUCGACGCUAACAACUUUGGAUUUCGGUGAAUCAAUAUUUAGACUCUCAGGUGCAUCUAUUAUACCAUCGUCCGUUCGGCAUUUGAAUCUUGGUGGUUGUAUUAUAGAUCUAGCUCUAAAUGUUCUUCCGUUCGACGCUCACUAUGAUUAUCUGUGUGCUUUAGAGUUCCACGCGCCAAUCUUACCGAAUCAGCUUCCACCCAACAUCAAAGAACUACAGCUGACAAGAUACAAUAAACCGCUAGUUCCAGGAAGUCUUCCCGUUGGAAUUGAAGUAUUGAAACUGCCAUAUAUAGAUUCAGAGAAACUCUUGGUUGGCACGAUUCCAAACACCGUAAAGAAACUUUCAUUGUUUCUUUAUGAACAAGAGCAACGAUUUCCAAUCGAGUGCAUUCCCAACUCCAUUGAAACACUGGAUCUUGGAAAAUAUAAUUUAGAUUUCGACUUUAAGAUGAUUAUAGAUAUAAAUAAUAAUGAUGAUCAUGUUGAUGUUAUUUCGAAUUCAAACAACUCAUUUGUGAAUCUUUCACAUUUGUUGUUAGAGAAGAUCGUUGGUAAUCUCGAUGAUAUGCUGGAUCAGAGUGAAAAUUAA